CGUCGGUAUAAGUGUGUAACGAACAACGUGUACAUAAGGGUAAACGCGAAACGAAAGAAAAAACGUAAAAUUUAAUUGCGUGCAACGGUAAAAAGUAAUAAUUGUGCUCGACUCGAAGUUUUUACGUUGUUUUUUCGUUUUAUUAUUGCCUCGUAGUUUCGGUCGUGAGUGUUAUCUUUAUUUCAUUUAUUUUAUGUGUUGUAUUGUAUUCCAUUCGAAUCGAGAAUUUGAUUAAUCGACCGUGUAUUACGUAUAUUGGACACAAUUCUAUUCCCUUUUCAUCUAUAGAAGAAGAAAUUUGCUUUUCGAUUCAGUAGGAAGAAGGAUGAGUAGGAAACGACGUUAUAUAUGACGCCCUAUCAUCGCAUCGCGAUGAGGUCCAAGAUGAGAAGUCGCGAGUCCCUCUAACAUCGAUGAUAAAUGGCCUUGCCCGAAGGAUAACCGAGCUCCAACCCGAGUCUAUCGAUCAGAAAUUUCGAUUUCCUUUAGACAAGUACGAUGAUCUCACAGGAAGCGGAAGAAUCAUGGUCCAUGGCGAAGAUUCGAAGAACUAACGAUUUAUCGAUUGGUCCGUGUGUCAGCAGGCUGGUGGAACGUCGAAUCGUUUGAUAAUUUGAUUAUUCUGCCGCGAAACGACGUUAACCAUGGCAAGAGACAGGCGUGUAAUCGCCGACACGGCACUCACUCAUCUAACGAGCGCGAAGAAAUCGCGUUGGGGGAAAAAGGAGAUCGUCUAGGGAUCCCUAGCAAUUGGAUAUCUAUAUUAAGGGCAAGAGAGAAAGAGAGAAAGAGGGAGAAAGGAAAAAGUGACAUUGCGGAGAAAUAAUAGUUCGUAUUCCCAUCUAGCAAGACUCGAUUGAAGACAAGUCGGCUGGAACAGCGUGGAUCCAUUCGGAACAGUGAGCAUCGAAAUGAAGCUAGGGGAUAACAUGACUAUGGAUGCGUGCAACGUAUGGGGCAACGUUCCUCCGCGAAAAUGUCGGCCACCGAAAAUCGGCGAUAUUCCAAAACACACGGCGAUCGACGAAGAGUCUCCAGGUUCCAUCCCAAAAUCGUUGACAAUCGCCGCGCCAACUUCGAGGGACACUUCCCUGGACAUUCCUCUGGACGGAGAAAAUCUCGUUUUCCCAUUGCCUUCCAGCGCCUCCACCGAGCAACACCCUUCCAUUCGAAGAUUCGAACCAAAACCAAUUCUAUCGUCCAAGGAAUCAUCGAUCAAGUUCCAAUAUCCAUCGACGAGACGAGAAUCCCAACCUCUGAACAUUUUCAACAAAUCCUUCUGUUCCCCGGACAAACAACGGCAAACCAAACUUCCAAUAAACGUGCUAAACAAAUCACCAGAUGUAGACGAGCCAAAGGACCAAACGAGAGAUAGAUUCGCCGAUUUGGAAGGGAAGGUGACCAUCAAGUUACCAUCUGACGAAUCAACCACGCUUGGAUCGCGCAAAGAUCACGAGGAUUCCACCAGGAUUCCAUCCAGCCCAGAGGACGUUUCUGAUCAAGAGAUCGUCGAGGUGAGAAAGGACAGUGCCUUGUUUCUCGAGGAAGCCGAAGGGUUGCCGACUCUUCGAGAAAUUUUGAAAUCCAAGGCGCCGAGAGUGGUCAGACCUAGGAGAGAGAGCAGUGGAUACGCUAGCAAUUUGGGGACGUUCGACGAGGACAGGAGGAAUUCGUCGACUGUGGAUGUGUCGCAAGAUUUGUCGUUCCUCAAGGAGAGGCGCAGAUCCUCUACGACUAAACGGUUAAAUUCGAGAGUGAUAUUGGGGAGAGCUGAAGAAAGCUUGACAGAGGACGUCGAGGUUGGAAGCAUGCCUACCACAGAGGUGCAUAGAAAGGUGUCCGGAGCUGGACUCGAGAUGCCUAAUAUAGAGGAAGUUAAGGAGGUUCUCAGAGAUGAAGCUCCUUCUAGGCUGGAGAGCCUGGAUAAUUUGUGUGGAUUGACGAAACCUAUCAAUUCUGAAGAGUUCUCCACGCAUUGUCGCCUAAGCGAUUUACCAGAUCGAGGCGACUCUCCAAAAGACAGAUCAGAAGUACCAUCCACUACUACUAAAUGCCAAGAAUCAUCGACCAUCUUCGAUCCUUACGAUUCUAUAAACCGCUUUUCGAUAUCUCCAACUUCGAGGAGUCAAACUCCAUUUAUUCUUUGCACCACGCCGACGUUCCACGAUUCGAAUUCUCGAAAUACCAAUAAACACACGGACAAAUCCGUCGAACGAUCGAAAGACGUCAAUUCUGACAGAAUUGCCAGAGCUGUCGUGUCGAAAAUCAACGAAGCGUCGCCAUUGGACAAAAAAAUCUCUGUGAUUCAGAAGAAGGAAGAAACUACGACGUCAGAGCAAUCCGUCAGAGAAAAUAUUGUUCCACGAUCGAUCAAGAUGUACCAAUUGCUGUCCACCCAGUCUGAAGACAGAGCGGAGAGCGAGUUGCAGUUGGACAGAAGGAUAUUUCAAAUUUCUAAACAAGAUGACACGGCUGCAGUUAUAUCUUCGACGAAACAUCCUUUGAACAAGUCUUCGAGCGUUUUCACGCUGAAGAGCAGCGCUUCUGGGGACAUCCAGACGUUGACAUGUGGUGAAACUGCGGACGAUUCGAACGUUAGAAAAGCGAUUUCACCUGGAGAGGUGGGAACGAGUCAGAGUUUUCUUGGAGAUGCCUCGAGUGUCUCUGUGAGACCUAUUUAUCCUUAUUGCCCUUAUUCUCCGUAUGGAAGUCCCCAGGGAUCCCCCAGAAACAGGAGGAGGCCUUUGAGGGAGAGCAGGAGAGUCUCCAUUGACAACAAACAGGGAGCUCUUCAACUGAAUCAAUAUAAAUUGUUGGACAACAUUGGUCAAGGUUCCUACGGGAUUGUAAAACUAGUUUACAACGAAGAAGACGAGACCCAAUACGCGAUGAAGAUUCUGAGCAAGAAGAAACUGAUGAAGAAGGCGGGAAUAUUCGGUAGGAUGGCUCCGGGGAAAAAGGGUGCGGCCAACCCUUUGGCCAAAGUCUACAGGGAGAUCGCGUUGUUGAAGAAAUUGGAUCAUCCGAACGUGGUGAAAUUGGUCGAAGUUCUCGACGACCCGGACGAGGAUAAUCUUUACCUUGUUUUCGAAUUGGUCCAGAGGGGAGAGAUCCUUCAGGUGCCCACCGACAAACCUCUUGACGAGGAAACUGCCAGGAAGAAUUUUCGUGAUGUUGUAAUGGGCGUGGAAUAUCUGCACUACCAGAGGAUAGUCCAUCGCGACAUAAAACCUAGCAACCUGUUGGUAGACAGCGACGGUCGGAUCAAGAUCGCUGAUUUAGGCGUUAGUGCAGAACUGAGGGCAUCCGGAGAAUUAUUAUCCGGGCCAGCCGGAACACCGGCGUUCGCAGCACCCGAAACAACCACGCCUGGCGCCCAUUAUUCCGGAACGUUGUGUGACGUAUGGUCAAUGGGAGUAACAUUGUAUUGUUUGGUGACCGGAAGAAUACCUUGGGAUGGAGCCGGAAGUAUAAUUGGCGUUCAAGCAGCGAUACGCAGUGAACCGUUAAAAUUUCCAGAGAAACCAGCCCUUUCACAAAGUCUCCGCGAAUUGAUCUCAAAAAUGUUGGCCAAAGAUCCAGCUGAAAGAAUUACGUUAUCAGAGAUGAAGGAACACGUUUGGCUGACCAAUCGUGGCGCUGAACCACUGCCAAUCGAAACUGACAACUGUCGACUUCCGGUUACCGUUACGGAUGAAGAAGUGGAACGAGUGGUCACGAGAAUACCCAAACUGGACACUUUGAUUCUUAUCAAAACUAUGCUGAAGCAGCACAGUUUCCAAAAUCCAUUCUUGUCGAAGAAGGGUGGAAAAACGGCGAAUACGACGGCGGAUAGCAUAGAAUUAUCCCCAUCAGAAAGAGCCGAGGAGAUCACACCUCAAGGAAAGAAAAUAAUUAGGAACGUAAAGACGAAGCAAUUUCAAAGAACAGGUAGAAGCAAUUCCGCCCCGGAUUCUUAUGAUUGGCAAACAAAUGGCAGACAAAUAUCUACAGAAAGUCCUCUACCUCCGGUGACAGAAGCGUCCAUUCAGGAAACGGAAAUGGAGAAACGGUGAUAUUACGGAUCAACAUGACGAAGAAAACCACAAUUAACCAAUUAGUUGAUAAAAACGGUAUGAGCCGACUUAACAUUCGAUGACCAAAUGAAAUUAAUUCUAUAUAUACUUAUUGUAUAUUAUACAUUGUAUAUUUGAAAAUUUAUAUUUCAUUUUUUUAUUUUUCUUUGAUUUCUAACAACUAAAAAUUGAUUAUAGAUAUCUGGAAGG